AAGCAAAAUAUAACAAUUUACAACCAUAAUCGGUGUUUUGACAGGAGGUGGAACUGUUGCGUUCGAAUCCAGAUUUCCACCAAACCAACCAUGAAUCUGUGAAUUUGCAUUUACAUCAACUACAUUGUUGGCUAUUGCAGACAGUCUAGUUUUGAUAAAAUCGGUCGAAAUGUCUAGUGUCUACAAGUAGAAAAGCCAUUGCGAGAUCAUUGUUAUUUGGGAAUCGCCAUUUUGGCGAUACGCGACGCACACGCGGACGUGACGAUUUGUUGGGGUUAAAUGCUAUUUAACAGCGUAACCUCAAAAGCGAGGAGCGACGAAUCGGGCAAUUCCAUGUGCUCACAUUUGCUUUUCUAAUUGAACAACCGACCGUCUGAUCUAUUUUCAAGGAUGUCGACAGAGGAGGAAUUCCAAAAAGGACAGGGAUCUGUGGAUUCUGAAGAUUCUCUUGAGGCGGAUUUCGACAUUGAUUCGUUUAUCGACGAUGAAUUUUCUUCCAUAAGUGCCGCUAUGUUUGAGCACGAAGAACUCGAAGCGGCGGAAAAGGAAUGUCCUCCCGAAGGAGAGUCACACUUGGCCAAGCAGCUGAAAAGCCUUAGAGAGUCCUUUUCAGAUUCAAGUGGUGGUUUCAAAGCGCUGAAACCGAGUGUAAGGUUUCAGGGGGUUGAUGAACCUGGUCCGUCGAGUGUUUGUUGUGAGGCUUGUAUAAAGCUACGAGAAAGCAAAGAAUCCACACCGGCGCAGGAAACAAGUGCAGAGCGUGAAAAUAGAGAGGUUAUUUCAGUGCCUGACAUCCGUAGCUCCAUAGUGUCUGAUGAGAUCAUAGUUGAUUUACGUGAGGAUAUUGGUAGUUGCUGGAAAACAUUAGGUGCCUGUUUAGGAAUCAACAAUUCAAAGUUGAUGAACAUUGAUGCAGACAUUCCCAACAGUGCAGAAAAAGGACAAAAAUUACUUUUGGCAUGGAAACAACAGCAAGGCCAUGGCGCUACUGUUGGUUGUCUGGAACAAGCUCUGUUGAGAACAAAACGUAAAGAUAUAGCUGACUUCUUAGCAGAGCUUGCAGGGCUAUCUACACUUGAGGCCCAAGGAAUAAGGUCCCUCAAUCAGCCCCUCAACCUCAACAUUAGAGUUAGUCUCACUACUGACCAUGAGAACCCAGAAACCAUUCAACCUGUUCUUCUUUGUGAGGACAUUCUGGGAAGAAAAUAUCUGGUCAAGGAAAUAACCGAUGGGGAUAACUGGAAAGUUGAAAAGAUUGUUGACGAUGAACGAGUUCUUGAAAGGAUGAUUACAGCAGCUCGAUACUCCAAGAAAACCAAGGAACAACGGCGACAGGAAAGUUUGAAACGAGUAUCCGCCGAACUUUCACAACUGAGGAAAAGAAUUCAGAAAGUUACUCUAAGUAGUGAUGAUAGUGACUGCGAUAUAUCCCCAAGAGAGGAGCUGCCACAGCAAAUACUGUCCACCAAAACUAAGGAAAACAAUUUAUCAUCUGCAGAUUUAUCUGAGCUUCUAAGGACUUGUGAGUUUCAAAGUGACAGCUGGCAGCGGAUGUAUAGGGUUUUAAUCAAGCUUAUUGGGGAGGUUGGUCCGCUUGAUGGUAAUUCAAGGUGCCUUAAACAACUCUCUGAUUUUACCAAUGAGCUGCGUGACCAGGAGAAUAAAUUGUUUCCCAAGAUAGAGCAGUUGGAACAAGUACAAAAGCAGUUGGAUAAAGAUCAGCUUGUAAGACUUGCCAGCUUACAGAAAUGGAGGCAAACUCAAAAUCAGCAAGUAGAUGGGAUUGAAAAACUCUUGACAAGCUUGCUGGAACAAGGAAACAUAAGGCUAACUAGAAAACAACAAAAGGCGCAGAAUCGCAAGUCCGAGCCUAUUCUAAGCAGAUUGACACCAGGGAAGAAUGGGAGACGUCGAUCAAGAACUGAAACCUCCGAAAGCAGAAGCGCUUACCUCAACAGUCUGAGUGACGUCAGAGAGGGGCGACAACCGGUCAUUUCAUCUCCAAUAUGUGCACGACAGAUGCAGGUUAUGGAAAGAUAAUGCAUAGUUUUCACAUCAGCAGACAUUAAUGUGGCACGUUCUAGUGCCAACUGAAGAACUAAGAAAACUGAGUAGAUAUUCGGUAAAGUUUUGUUUUGAUUGCUGAUGAUGACCAAUGCUGGUGAUGAUGAUGCUGAUGAUGACUAGAUAAUUAGACAACAACGAUGAUUAUACGAAAGAUAGUGACAUCAAGAUAAUGAUGUCAGUGAUGUCGAUGUGUAAAGCCAUCAGUCCACGUUGUGAGGAAUUUGAGACUGACACUAAAGACGGCUUCACGGUAGAUACUACUUAGUCUUGUUAAGUCUGAGCUCUCCACAAGCUGUAUAUAAUAUGUGAAAAGCUGAUUAUUUUGAAAUUAAAUGAAAUACUUGAAAGACCUUUGCUAUGUUUAAGUUAUGUAAAUAGCCGCCAUCAGAAUAAGUUCUGUUGUAUUAUUGAACUCUCUGCUUGCUCUGAUCUACCAUUGUUACAGUCUCAUUACUGAUUAAAGAACGUCGAUAGAUCA